CUCCACCUCCAUAACGGUUUGCCGAGCCUUGCCUUAUCUGUCGAUCUCUACUCACAUAUCUUCGAAGAAGGAGAGAAGCACUCGCUGGAGUAGAGGGGCUGUGAGCUUUUUUACGGAUGCAUCAAAGCUUGCAGGGAGGAUUGGUGGAUGAGUACCCUGUCGGGAACUUUCUAUCAGCUCUAGUUUUAGGUUUCCUGACGACUGCAGCGUCUUCCAAGCGGAGGUGGUUUGCAGAAAGGUAGAAGUAGAUCUACCUACUUCUCCGGAGCGCAACCUCCUUUAGAGUGGUGACUAUCCACUCCGAUAGUAGGGCAGCGAUAUUAGCCUAGAGUUCGCUGACUAUGCGCUCAAGACUAGUGAAAGGAUAUCUAGACUCCAUAUCUCUAGCGUCGACUUAUUUUACGAUUAAACUGGUUUUGGGAUAGGACAGGAACCUCAUUCUCAAUAAAUGUGCGAACGAGUAAGAGCUCCGUUGGCUUCUUGUGGUGCGCUACUCGACUAUUGCGCCUCAAACCAGCUCAGCAAGCAUUUGCUUUUUCCUUCUCGCCCAGGGUAAAUCGUAAGAGGUCUAUGGAACCUUCGCACUCAGCAAGGUCCAUCGUUUAAUGGUUGUACGAGUUCUAACUCGAAAUUGUUCGAUCGGGAUUCAUGCAGUAAAAUUGGACAUUUCAGCGGAUGCCAGCCACAUUAGUUGUUUGGAAGAAGAUGAGAUAGAAUUAACUCAACACUUCCUCCUCAAAUGUCCCGCUUUUGUCAGAUCAAGGCAAAAAUACCUUGAAUCUUAUAUUUUUGGACAUUCACGAGAAAUGGCGUUUAUAGAAAUAAAGCAUUUAACCGGAUUUGUGAUAGUUUCAGAGCGUUUUUGCCGCAAGCUGAUAUCUACCUACAGGAGUUUUUCGUAUGGCUUCACAAAGGAUUGCACUAAACAGUCUAUGUGUGAUCCCCCGCCGAGAGUUCAGCCAUUUAACCUAACCUGCCUUUUCAAGUUGGAUAUUGAAAUAUUCGCAUUAUCCAGAAAAUUAAAAAUUCGAAAAAAUAACCUUCCUUCAUGAAGGUAUCUCAGGAACGACUGAGAAACUCAGGCUUUGUCUUUGUAUCUUAUUCUCGAAAUCCAAAGUAAAGCGUCAGUUGCUAAAUUUUUUCUAUUAACAAUUUUGUUUUUAUGAUAUUUUUAACGAGGGGCUCAAGCCCAGACUAAUAGUAUCAAGUGAUGUAUAUAAGAAUAUAGGACGGACGAAAUGUUUUCUUAGGUGUUUCCAUAAAGUUUAGCUUAGAGGUAAAUCACUUACUUUCGCGUAGAAUUAUAAAGAGCAAAUAUCGAAGAGACUGGUUUUUAGUAUUUCUACCAGACAAAAUCUUAUGUUUGUUCCCACUUUCAGUAUAUAAUGGACCAAUCAGCAUUACCUCGCAACCGACAACUGCGGAACGUAUACCGUUACCACUACCAAUUUCAACGGUAGAUAACAGUUUACCGUCACACCGCAGUUUUAGCAUACCCAUGACCGGUUAUGACUUUCUCACAGAGUUGCCAUCAGUGCAUAUUGAGCAAACAUUUGAAUUAAAUGAGUCUUUGACAUCGGUAUCUUCCGAGAACCGCUAUGUUGUGCGCUCACCACUAGGUGAUGCCAUCUAUGCCGCUUCGGAGAGUUCAACCUCAAAUAAUCGCCUACUUUGGGGCGCCGGGCGACCCUUCCAAAUGCAUUUGUUGGAUAAAACACAUCAGGAGGCAUUGCUGUUACGCAAGCAAUUUGCGCUCGGCGCAAUGUGUUGUCAUCCAAAAAAUCUAGAGGUAUGGAUACCGCCAGGUAAUUUAUUAGGGCGCGUAGUAAACUCGCCCACAUUUCUGCGUCCUGAAUAUUUCAUACAAGACGGUGUCACCGGUGAGCCAAUAUUUUGCAUUGAAGGCCCCGAAAAGUCGGGCUUCUGCUGCUUCUGUUUGUCAAAAGAAGCGUUCUUCAAGAUACAUUCCGGCGGCGAACUGCGCGCAUCUAUCGACCACAAGUGGGUCGCGGGUAAAUCACAGUACACGACAAAUAUAUAUUUUAGUGAUACUAAAUUAUCGGCCAAGGAUCGCGCAUUGAUUUUGGGCGCGGCAUUUCUGAUGGAGUACAUGUACUUCCAAACUCGGCUUUGAGCUGCCUUAAAAAUUGUGAAGCAAUGUAGAAUGCACAGUGUGGCAACGUUUUUUGUAUAAUAUAAAUUAUAAAUAUGUAUAUACAAUAUAUAUAUUGUAUAUUAAUAUAUAUUAGGGUGGGCCAAAUAAAACUUUAAAUUGUUUUCCAGUUAAUUUUAUUAUCAUCCAAUUUUCUGUGGCGUGUACUGUUACUCUGACCACAAACUGUAGUCCGAUGGAUUCAAAUGUGAACAUCCAGACAGCCAAUCAUAUGCAGCUAUGAAACCAGGAACAUUACUGCUAAGCGAUUUUGGUCUUGUGUGCUGGAGCAGAAGCUUGCUGGAAGAUCCAUUGCUCUCCAUGGAAGAAAGUAUUGCAUAACUGCUUGACGACGCUUUCUAAAACAUAUUGCUGGUACACUUUUGCCCCAGUUCUAACACCUUUUUUACAGAAAUAAAGAAGUGUUACGCCUUUAGAAGUGUUAAGCCUCCCGACGAAACCAUUACCUGGAUGGUAAUCUAGAGUAAUAAUAAUUUUUGUAAAAAGGAUACUUUUUGAUCGCUUGCCACUGUAUCUUUUUUUUUUGUUUUUUGUUUUCAAAGGGGUAAUCUUCAAAAGAUAUUAUCAUAUUGCAGCCGGCAUGGCUUGUUUUGCGGGAUUUGCGAAGUAGGACGCCUACAUACUAAACCCUUAACUCCGUCUUCUAUAGCUCUUUUUUUCCUUUCUUUACAUUAUGGGAUCAAAAAGAUAAUGUGCCACGCGUUUUCAGGACCAUUUCUACAAAAAGAGCAGUCAUAUCUAUCGUCAUGCCCAUAUUUGUAUAAAUACUCUCUAAAACAGUCGUGUCUAGUCAGAAGCUGCGUCAAGUAAUAAUCAGUUUCCCCAUGGUUCUUCUUUAUGCACGCUUUUGUCGUUUCGUUCGAUCGUUUCUGCCACUCAUUUAGGCUAGUUUGUUUAUCUAGCUUCCUCUCUUCAGCAGUGAGUCGUCUGUCAGUGUUUUUAGUUUUAUCGAAAACUCUUUUGAAGCUGCUUGCAUCUGUUGAGCCUAAUUUGCUUCAAGCGCGUUGUCAGCAGAUGACCAGUUGACCGAUCGUAGUCUUUCAUGUGGAGAUCAUCUCGAAUAAGUCUUGACAUUAAUCUGAUCGAUAUAUACAUUUUCCUUGACAUAAUUUUCAGUUUUCUACAGAGUUUUCUGCGAAUGAGUUCGCGAACAGUUUGUAUGACCCAUUCUGUUAUAAAUUGCAGAUGUUUGGCAAACACAUAAAUAUCACUUGCACCCUUUCCAUACUUAUGUAAAGCAAUCACCGCUAUACGCUUUUCUUUAGCUCACCCUAAUAUGUACAUAUGUAUAUGUAUAUAGUUUUGUAAAUGAAAGUCUUUAUAUUUGACAUUUUUGCUGAUUUUGUUUUAUUUCAUUUCCAUCGGUCAUGGUUUUUACUUUAAAUAUAUAUAUAUAUUUGUAUACCAUAAUUAAACAUAUGUACCGAUAUUUAUAUAUACAUACAUUUAACCAUUUUAUUGAAAUAAAAAUUAUUUUUUUUUACAAUUAUAUAAUAAUCACUUGUUUUGAUUUAUCAAUUAUUUCUUAUAUUUUUAUUUUUUGCAAUUUGUAUGCUUUCAAUAUUUAUUAUACUAUUUCUCGCGCGGCAUUGUGUUGCCACACGUUCAUAUUUUACAUUAUAAACAGUCAGACAUACCUACAAAAUGUUACAGCAUACAUUUUUUUACACAAAAUUACAUAUAAUUUAAAUAGCUGUAACAUACGAAUAUACAAUAAAAGAAAGUAAUUAAAAUGUUUUUUGCUGUAAUGCAUUAUUUUUUAUUAUUAUAUAUUUUUUUAAAUUUAUUUUGUACACGACACACGUUAUUUUCAUUCACAAUUAUAGACAUACAAUUUAAAAACUUAAUUACAUAAUUCUUAAUUUAUUUAUUUAGCUUGUUUGUGUAGCGUAAAAAAUCUAAUUAUAUUAUUAUGAGCGUAAAAAUCAAUUAAACUAAUUUAAAAUCGACUAUUUAUUGUUUAAGCAUAGCGCAUUUAUUACUAAUUACAAUAAAAGACAUUAAUAUUUUUUAUAAUUACCUUAAAAAAAGAGUUGGACUAUAACUUUGCACUAUUUAAAAAACACUUAAAUUAUAAUUAUUAAAGCUUAUAAUGUUAAUUACAAUUAUUAAAGUUCAUCUUUCAGCUGUAUCAACACAGGCGAGAACUCAUUCAACGAUUUUUGUUAAAAAAAAAAAUAUCUGUUUAAAAAAUAUAUUUUGUUUAAAGAAUAUAUUUUGUUUACAUAAUAAUGACCACAUACAUUACAUGUUUGUAAAUGUAUGCAUGCAGCUUUCAUUACAUUUGCAGUCUCGUUGAUUACAAAACAAAAAACGCAAAAACUUAAAUUGAAAAACAAACAAACUUUAAGCGGUUUCAAAUAAAAUUUAAGAACAGCUAUUAAACACAGGUAUUUCAUUUUGUAAUGUUAUAUACUUGUAUGUACAUAAAUAUAUAUUUUUUUAAUAUCUCUCAAAAUAUUUCAGCGAAUUUUGUUGUUUGUCGUUUAAUUUUGCAGGAAGAACUUUGUGAUUUUUUACGAAAAAACUGAAAUGAUUUCAAUUUGACUACUUCAAAGUGCCUUAAGUUUUGCUAAAAUACGUGUGCUUGUAUGUUUUAUAGCAGUCAAAAUAUAUACAAAUAUUUGACUGCUUUUGAAAUGUGAGUUGCAAAGCGAAGAUGCUGGUAAAGCUUUUAAGCGUGCAAGAAGGCGCUUGCCAACUCUAUGAACAAUAUAACGGCGCACAAAUUUGCAAUUUUUGAAAUAAAUUUUUCAAAUCGAAGGUUAAAGGAAGGCUAAACGAUAGUAUAGUUCGAAUUACUACACAGCAGUUGCCUAAAAUGCAAGUAUUUGCUAUACAACUGCGUUUCAAAUGUUUGAAAUUCGAACGUAACUAAAAAUGUCAGCUCAAAACGGUUGACGGAAACGCUAUGAAGUUCAAAUAAGGCUAAAUAAUAUUAAGGAAAAAUAGAUAUACAUUUUUGAAAAUAAAUAUAAUUUUUUUUAUAUUAUCUCUUUUGCUAAAAACUGUUUCAAUAUCAGUUAUUAGCUUAGCUGAUCGGUUUACUUAAUUUUUCUUUUAUAUUAGACAAUUUUUAUGCUGCUUUGUUUACAUAGUUACUUACAACGUUAUUAUCUCUGUUAUUUUUAUUUUUAAUUGUUUUAUAUCUAUCGAUUAGAUAUUUUGACUUGAUGUGGAUAUUGCGCCACGAUUUUUGUUUAGAAAUAUGUUUUUUUUUUUGAGUUACUUACAUAUUUUUAAAUAUAUAUAUAUUAUUUAAUAUUUUUUUUAUUUAUAAGUAUUUGUUUUUAUACAUUUUAUAUUAAAAUUUUUUGUUAUAAUUUUUUUAUUUUAGUUAUUAUUUCUUAUUUUAAGAAUAUAUUUUAUAUUGUUUCAUUAAAAUACAUAUAUUUCAUUAUUAUUAUUAAUAUUUUAAUUUUUAUUUCAAUUUUUUAGUUUAUUUUUAUUUUUUAUAUUUAUAAGGUUAAACUUUUUGUUUUGCGGCUAAGCCAUUAGACUCACAGCACUUAGAGAGUAUAUUGUGUAUUUAUGUAAACCUACCAGUGGUAUGUAGUACAUAGUAGAUAGUUAAAAAUUUAAAGAAACUUUAGGUUAUAACUAGAUAAUUAUUAUAUAUACAUACAGCUACAUAUCGAUAGUUAACACAUUCAGAAAGUUCACGCCAACUAGCAGAGGUGCUUAUAAUUCAAUAUAAAAAUAUAUGUACAUAUGUAUUUUCCAUAAAUUUUGUAUAUUUUGGUAUAUAAUAAAGUGAUAGUGGGUAGGGAAGUUGUAUAUGUAUGUGUGUAGAUUGAGGAUUUUGUGUGUAAUUUUUUGUAUAUUACUACAUAGUAGGUAUGCAUAUUGAAAUUUGUAUAUGAAAUCAAACAGAAUUCCAUGUAGAAUGUAAAGUUGUAGAUUUUUCUUUGCAUAAUUAGGUGGUUAUGCCUAGUAUUUUUUUGUUUGUAUUGAGGACAAAGUGUGCUUGUAUAGGUUCUAAAUGUGUGUAUAUACUACAUGUAUAUGUAUAUAUAAUGUGAGUGUUUGUUUAUUUACUUUUGAAAUACCAUAUGUCUGUCUAGAUAUUUUUCUAGCAAUGAUAGUUUAAUCCCUAGUUAAGUUUUUUUGUUUGUUGAUUUUGUUUUCAUUUUAAUGUGUGUACUGCUGUUGCUUUCACGAAAUGCAAAAACACCAACGCUGAUAUUUGUUUGCAGGUUGUGUCUACUGAGGAAGUAAAUAAGCCGGCAAAUGUUUUGGGUGUGGAAAAAUUAUUUUUGAAAACCUUUUCUUUUUCGUUAAAAAACAAAAAAUAAAAAAAUAAAUUUAUUUUAAAUUUAUAAAAAGAAAAUGUAUUUUAAAAAUAUAAUUUAAAAAUUUGGUGGUGUUAAAAAUAUGUUAAACUAUUUGUUUGUCGUUUUGCAAAAAAUAAAUUUAUUUUCAAGAAUAAAAAAAUUUAUUUAUUUUGAAAAAAAAAAAUUAUUUAAAAAAAUAAAGACUAAUUUAGUUUGAAAAAAUAACAAAUUAAAAAAAUAAUUAAAUAAAUUUAUGUUAUUGUAAAAU